CGCGCAAAUUCCUUAAAUACUUCUCUCAGCAAGCGUAGCAUGUCCCAUUGACCUACCCAUCUCUUUUUCUCCCUUUCUAUCUACUUGUCUAUUUAAUGGCACCACCUGGACGACCUCGCGGACGACCUCGCAGAAAAGGACGCGGCGCAGACGCUGAACCUACAGUGGUCCCCGAUGAUGCGGGUGCUGAUCCUGAGGCUCCUGGGCCAACUGAGACUAUCACCGUACACCCAGGAGGCGCAUUGAAUGCGCGGUUUUUUAUACCAGGUUUAGAACACCAUAGUCCAGCUCCAGCCAGCCAGCCUCCAACAUCACAUGGUACACCUCCAACACCUCCGCCGCCUGUAACGCCUGUGCCCCAGCAAUCCGCUCGCCGACGUAGGCGUCAGCCUGAUCCUGAUGACGACAACCCAUUUACAUCCACCCCUGAGCGUAGUUCCAGACACGCUCAACCUCUGCGUAAUGUGCAGUUCUCUGGUGGCGAAACUUUCAACAUCGAAGACUUGUCUGAGCCAUCAACCCCAGCCACGCCUACGCCUGUUUUGCGGCCAGUAGCUGCAACUCCAAAGAGCAACCGAAGGCGCCGACGUGCUAAGCGUACAACAGCUGAGAUGCCUAAUAUACCUGACCUUCGCCCCUUCUACGAAGUGCGUGAAGAUCGAGUACACUGCAUCUUUUGCUGUGCACAGAAGAAGUCAACGUCAUUCAGCCGCUCAACAACGUCCACAAGCAAUUGGCGGUGCCACCUUCUUAUGAAGCACCUGGGACUCUGGGUAGAGGCGUGUGACAGACUUAAGGUAAAGAUUACAGCGGACAAAGCUGAGGGUCCUGUCGCCGCAUACCGGGAGUCAAAGGGACAGGACCCGAAACAGAAUUCAAGCUUGCCUAGUGGGUUUGACGAGGUGCCAGGCUUCUCUUUAGAAGCAUUCAUUGAUGCGUUGGUUGCUUUUAUUGUUAGCAAUGACCAGGUAGGCUUUCUUUGCGUUACUCAGAUUGCAGCGUUAAUGAUGAUCAUAGUCUUUCAAUGUUGUUGAGUCUCCGGAGCUCCGCCGGAUAUUCUUGAUGCUUCGUGAGGAGCUUACCGAUGAUGAUAUUCCCCGCCGAACACAGAUUCGGAAGCGAGUUAUGGAAAUAUGGGA